UUUGAACAAACACAAAAGAGAACCCGGACCACAAAGUUGGCAGUGCAUUUAUAAUUCGCGAAAAAGCCAUACACCUGAAUACGCCCUCGAUCACGAUAGGCUGCUGUGCAUCGCGUACGCGCAGUCUGCCAAUUUGCUUAUCAUUAGUUAGCACCAAACGCGUUAACCGUAGUGCAGUUAGUGUAGUGCGUCUGUGACGCAGCAACAACAACAAUGUCCACGAACAGCGGUGGCCUGUACGAGGCGGAUACAGCAGUAUCGAACUACCACGAUAUUUACGUUCAACAGCAACCCAGCCGUGAUAUAGAUAGCGGGGUAGGAAGCGUAACCACAGUCUCGGCACCUUCGGCGCCGCCACUGUCGGAAGUAGUGCCACAGCAACCCUCUUCAUCGCGGCCCGGAGGCAGCAGACACUCUCCACGGUAUACGCCGGCGGUGGCACGCGUUGAACCUAGCAGCUCACGACGCGGCGAACCUCCAACCUACGAGGAAGCCGUGGAUAUCGAGACCCCACCACCGUCCUACGAUUCGCUGUUCGGGCGCGUACGCGAAGCGCACAAAUCCUCUAAAGGAGUGUUCGAUUUUGUUACGAACGUAGUUAUCCUUGUGCUGGGCACACUUGGUUGUACCAUCAUCCUUGGUAUAACGAUCGUUAUUCCGGUGUGCAUGAUAGUGCUAGGGACACUUUACCUGUACGACUGCCCUCAGGGCGAGUAUAUACCGGUCUAUCUGCUGGUCGGCGGUGCGUUUGGCGUGCUGAAGCAGCUACUCCAUCUUUCGACACGCGUUCGCAGCCGGGAAGAGCAGGAACUCGAACGGUUGCGGCAAACGCCAACGCAAACGCUCAUCAACUGCUUUAUGCUCGGUUGGUUCAUUAUCGGCUCGUUCUGGGUGUACCAGAUCUACGAGCCCAACUACGACCCGGCGCUGGGAAAGUACUGCAACAAAUCACUGUACCUUUUCACCUUUUGGCUCAUCACGUCCGUCUACAUGACGCUCGGGGUCGUCAUCGUGGUGCUGUGCAGCGUCAGCAUCAUGAGCGUUCUGCUGCUUCCACAAUCCUAACCAGGGUCGGGCCCCCCGGGAGGAGCGGCGGUUCGCUGCGCGAGCGGUCGAACAUUCUUCGACAGUUGGCACCGGAAAUUGACUCUUCACCGAGGUAACUAAUCUUUCUCAACUUUUUCCAACGGUUUUUCAACGCGUCCCUUUCGCAUUGGACGGCGGUUUUGUGAACAGCUUCUUUUAACCGCUCAUGUCCAGCAAAGCUGAAGCCUAACACUAUCUUCCAAAACGCCUAGCUCGAAAAUAUUGGGAUCACAAACGCACAGCGCACCACAAACGAAGCGAUAAUUGUCUUUCCUUUGAAAACCUUGACAAGUUUCUGUUGAAUGCGAUCUUACAAUCGUUGUGGUCUGUAUCUUUGCAAUCUCUGUUGUGUUGUCGAUCAAUGUGAGUGCACCAUGUGUAAAGAAUUUGUAAUAUGACUUCCGAUCUGGACUCGGGUUCACGUCAGCGAUUAAAGACUACGAUCUCUUUGAAAGGAAUAAGUGUACAAACAUUAUUUCAUCGUUUGCUUUAAUAUUCCGAUAAACAUAAAUUAAUAUUGUCGGAACAAUAAAAGUCCAUAAAAUCCCAUUCUUAAGCAUUGGUUAUUAACUAUUUCUGCUUCCCGCUAUAUUUUACCCUGCAAAAACUCGGUUCCUCACCGAUGGCGAUAGCGAUUGCAAAUCCGAGUACCAUCUGUGAGCAUUAACAUGUGUGAUGUCUGUUGUGCCAGGCCUUUUCCUGUUUCAUUUCCCGUCGGAAAGUGCAAGUGUGAUCUUAACGCAACACAAAAAUCGAACCAUGGUUUAUCUAUUUACAACCAUACCUAGGCUAGGAAUUUAUACGAAUAUGUUAAAACAAAAACUGAUAGCGAUCCCAACCAUGAUAGGUAAUGAUGCACCUUUUUGCGUUUAACUGUCGCUCUCUGUGUCAACUCUUUUUGGUUACUUUUGAAAGUAUGUUAUAAGGAAACUUCCUGAUUUUUUUUGAGGGCCAUGAUAAUGCCAAGAGAAGAAACAUAAAUUUGAACUAACGUCUAACCUGUGGAUUAAGUUCAAGUACGGACCAUUUUAUUGAUGUAGACGAUAUCGUUGAUUUAAAUUUUGUAUCCCAAAACAACGCCUUACCCUUUGUUAUCUUUCAAUGUUCUACACUAUUAGCAGAUAUUUGUAGUCAUCCUCUGUACAGUCUCGCAAAACAAAAACAAAAACAGAUGUUCUUCAUUAUCUAUGCCAAUUUGUAAGGGUGUGCUAUUAUAUAACUCUUAAUACCUUAUACUAAACGUGUAAACUCUACAAGAAUAUGUAUGCAAUCGAUUUAUACAAAACAAAAACAACUUCAUAUUAUGAGACCAAAAAACAAGCAUAAAACGAUAUGUGGAAUAAAAU